AUGUGAGAUUCUCUCUUGGUUCAGAUAGUUGCAGGGUUUCUCGGUGAGCGCGGAAUCUAACGCUUUCACGAAUCUAACGCUCCGUCAGUGUGUAUAGCUGACUAAUUCAAUGUGCGUGUGAUAAGACUACUAAGUAGUAAUUUUCAAUUAACGCUUGCCUGUAAUUUUAUUAUUCUUGCCUUUUAACAUUUCACACGCCUAUAAAAAAUGGCCAAUCGUCUACUUAUUAUCUGUAGUUUACUGAUCGUGCUGUUGACAGCCAUGAUUGCAGCAAAGGUCAUGCCUGCAUCAUUAGGCACUUCCCGUGUGCUAACCGCUAAUCACAACAAAAAUUCCCAUUUCCGCGACAUCCAUCCCAUUGCCCGUACAUCCCACGGCAAGGAGAGCCAGUUGUAUAAAACGAAAUUGCACGAGCAAAAACCAGUUGGCAGUGAGGGUGUGCGGAAGAAUUCCUUUAAGAAAAGGAUUGAUCAUUUCGACUCCAGCAGUGCAGCACGGAUCGCAAAGGAUCAUGGUCAUGGCCGUGGAUCGCCCGCUGGGGAUAAAUCGUUGAGAGCGUCGGAGAAGGCACAACGCUGGCUGGGCGCACUGUUGACUGUGUGACACAUUAUUGAAGCAUCCCAUAAAUUAUCGUUAUCACUGCUUGGAAGUAACCGGAUAACAUGCUACUGUGAAAAAAGGCAUCGCUAUUAAGAAUAACCGUACUUCUUCAUGUCGCACUUGUUGUUCAGUACCUCUGCAACUCACAACACGUUAACUUGGACAUUACCAUCUUUGCAUCGAUACUUUGCAAGUUUCUCGGAUAUUUCAUUCCUGCGUUGAGAUUCGGCAACCAUAAUCUGUGCAACGAGUGAUAACUGAUACGUAUCAGUCUAAUAUAUACUUAUGUACGGCAUUGUUAGUGGGUAUUUGCUAAUAAUUGUAUUGAUCGUGAAUACUUGUACCUUUCGCCCGAUCCAUGGCCAAAUUGCAUUGAUUAGUAGACUGAACGAUAAUUCAUAACAAUGUCAUAUGAAUAGCAUCGUAGACCGUUGUUGUGCAAAUGUGAACUCUUAUGGAUCUUGGGAAGUGACAUUGGUGUUAAAGCUUUUAUUACCAAUUAGGCCUUUUCGCUAAACUUCUGCUGUUGCGCGGCACAAUUAAUGUUAAAAUGUGAAGUACUUUCUUGCGUUCGCUUGCCAGCGGAUUCGAUUCGUGGUAUGUAAAACCAAUCCUCAUAUUCUUGUGCGUUCGCAUUCAAUUUUUUUACAAGAUCGGUCCAACGAGAUUAACGAGAUUUUUGGUACGCCGGUCUGCGUUCAAUCCUUGUUUUGUCCACAACUCCACAUCUCCACAUGGAACCGGAUGUCGCACGCACAAUGUGUUUCACACCAAAUUCAUGCGAAUCAGCUGACCACAGGACGCAAGACUGUACUUUCGAAUUGGUGUUUUCUUGUGGAGUAUUUUGUGUCGUGUCGUAUAAUCAGUGCCUCUGUAUUUUAUUUAGGGAAACAAUAGUUAAUAUAUCGGAUUUGGCUUAUGUAAUUAUGCAACUGCAUGUUCAUCUACGCUCGAAUCGAGAUAAAACUUGUUGCCUGUA